CAUCUCUGGUUGUCAGUCAACGAAUAAAACUAGAUAAGUGAGGUUGUUAUUUUCGUUUCUCUCACGGAUUGAAAGGAAAAAAAAAUAAUUUGGAGUUUUGAAGGAUAGAAAAAGGAGAAAUCAGUAAUGCAUACGUUCAGUGAAACUGGUACAGGUGUUCCGGCAUUCCUAGCUAAGCUCUGGAGGCUUGUAGAAGACCCAGAGACGAACGAUCUAAUCUCCUGGAGUACGGAUGGUAGAAGCUUCAUCAUACAAAAUCAGGCUCAGUUUGCCAAAGAACUCCUACCACUAAACUACAAGCAUAAUAACAUGGCGAGCUUUAUACGGCAAUUGAAUAUGUAUGGUUUUCAUAAGAUAACUUCAAUCGACAACGGUGGGUUGCGGUUUGACAAGGACGAGAUGGAAUUUACCCAUCCAUGCUUCCAAAAAGACCAUCCAUAUCUUCUGGAACACAUAAAACGUAAAAUUGCUACAUCAAAACAGCAACAGCAGCACCAAGAUGAAAAGGGAGGGUUGAAAGUCGAAGCUGUUAAUCGAGUACUGUCUGAAAUAAAGAAUAUGCGAGGUCGACAGGACACACUGGACUCGCGAUUUUCCACUAUGAAACAAGAAAAUGAAGCUUUAUGGCGAGAGGUGGCUAUUUUGAGGCAAAAACAUCUCAAACAACAGCAGAUUGUCAAUAAGCUAAUUCAAUUCUUGGUUACAAUCGUUCAACCAUCACGAAGCGGUCUCGGUACUAUGGGCGCCGGUAACAAACGCCGAAUUCAGCUCAUGAUAAAUGAUGCUCCACAGUCGAAAGUGAAAAAAACGUGCAAUAAUGAAGGUGCUACCAUACAGGAGCUGGGAGAAGCUUUAGAAGAAGUGGCUUAUGAAAAUGAACAGGAUUUGCUGUUGCCCGACAAAGGCGAGAAUGGUAAACUCACAUCUAUUGGUAGUAUUGAUAAGGAGAAAGUCCAUUCUUCGAAUAAAUUGGCCAGAGCAUCGGAUGUACCAGAGGUCACAUCACCAAUUUCAAUAACCCAACAAUCGCCGUAUCAUACGACCAACAUAAACGACAACAUUGAGGAAGUUCUUAGCCCUGAACCAACAUUCGGAACUCAACAAAGAUCGACAGGGAUCAAACAGGAAAGAACUGACAGUGCCACGAUCCUAACAGAUAAUAUUAUACAGUUAAUGGAUGGGGAAGUCGAUUAUGGGCAAGAUGCAGUUGAAUACGACGGUGAAGGUUAUUUGGUGGAUCAUGUUGAUGAGAUCAAUUCUAAUAAUAUUUCCGGUUACGACGACACCGACAUGCUCAACACCCCACUGGUUAUCAAAGAAAUGCAAAAGGAACAUCUACUGAACAAGCAACAACAAAAUCAACUACUGAUUCGACAACAGCAGCAUCAGCCGCAGCAACAACAACCCAAGUCAAUUGGUAAAGGUCAAAGCCUGUUAAAAAUGAAGAAAAAUGGAUUGAAUUCCAAAUCUCAAAAAAGUUUACUUGACAACAGCAAAUUACUUCAACCAGACGAGCCUGGUGCUAACAACGCAAUAAAUGUUUUAACACGAGGGGGUAAAAAACUCGCGACAUCAGGAAAGCAGAUGUCCCCGGAAAACAAUGUGGAUGCGGUAGCUGGAUCUUCUGGGACGGGUACAAAUUUAGUUGUUAAUGCAAAUCCAUCAUCGUCACCUGCAAGCUACGGAGUAAAUGAUUUCAUCAUCAAUGAAGUUCCGGCCGAUCUUUUCGACGAUAACAGUCAGAUGGAGAAGGAAUCUCCCAUGUUAGGUGCAUUCAAUUUCGAGUCGGGAUUCUACAAUCCUGAUAUCAAUAUAAACGAAAUGAAAGGACGGCAAGUGGUAGCACAACAGCAACAGGAACAAAAUGACCAGGGUGAUGUCGAUAAUCAACUUAAUAACAUCGAGCGGAAUUCAGAUGAAAAUGACGAAACAUCCAAUGCCCGAACGUUGACACGAUUUGUGAGUAACGAUUUUGAUGUGAAUCGAUUGCAAUCACUUGCUGAGUACGGUCAACAAAUUGACGCUGUUCAGACGGAUUUGGAAUCUUUGAAAGAUAUUCUGAAAGGCGAAGGUUACCAAUUGGACGCGAAUACUUUGCUUGGGACGGCUGGUGAUAAUAACCCACAUUAUGGCAGAGUUUUCUUCUCGCCUAGUACAACGCCAGCAUUCGAUAUCAACAAGCUAUUCAACGGAAAUGAUGAUAUUGUUGGCUAUGAGUUCCCAAUGAAUCUUCCCGAUAUGAAUGACACACAGAAGAAAAACGACGAUGGCACCAUGGCGGUAGCCAGCGUCAAUGGAGCAGGCGGUUCGACUGGUAAUGGUUCGUCAAAUUUAGCUGCCAAUCAACUAAUUGCCUACAAAACAAUUCCCGAAAGUACUACAACAGGUGAUUACAUUGAUCUGAACGAACUACUAGAACUUGAAAACGGGAAUGAUGAGGAUAAUUCAAUUAUGAUUUAGGUGUUUUCGUUUGAUGUUUUUUUAUAGCAUAACUAAUUUUGUUCGUUUGUUUGAUAGUAUAUCUAAAAA